GAUUAAGAACAAGAAUAAUUUAAUCAACGAUUUUUCAAACAAAGAAAUUGGAUUCUGGAUAAUUGUGCAAAUAUUUCGCAAAACAAGAAAAAACGUUAACUUCGGUUGCACCGUAGCUAAAAUAGCCUUACAUUAUUGCCUUAGAUACAGAUUUAGAUAUUAGAUUUUCAUCUAUAUAUACAUAUCUAUCAUCUAUAUAUCAACAAUCAACUAUUAUACAUUAAACAUUUAGCAUUCAGAAAAAUUAUACAUAUAUUAACUACAAAAACAGCGAAGGAAACGAAAAACGCCCAGAAGCAAGCAGCUAAUCUGUCUCAACCGUCUUGUUGCUGUGAAGCGAGCUGACUGAAAUUUCAACUGAGUGCUUCCGUUUUAUAGACAAGAAUUUGUAAUGCGAGACUUUAUCUCGCCACCUAAUCACUGCCAAGUGAAAAGACUAUAAAUUCAAGUCAGCUCCUUCAUCCGAUAACCUUCGCCGACACCCACAAGCUAGCAAGCAACAAAAAAUGCCGGAAUGCAGAAAGAAAGGAAGAAAAUUGUUUUGCUCAAGAAACAGUAAACGAAAAUCGCUGCCAAGAAACUAUCAGCAACGUUAACAGUGACAGUGCAAUGCCACACACAAUGACGAAAAUAAACCAAAAGCAACAACAACAACAUUUACAAGUGGCUGGGAGUAAGCAAGAACAAUUUCCACCAUAUUACAUAUGAACUAGUACAAGACCACUUGUCGACGUCAGAUUGGUGUGUGGGACUUCGUAUGAGGCAAUAUUUUGCUUCAGCGAUUGGCUGUUGAGUGUGUUGCAAAGUGGCUGACAGCAUAACGUUCCAUCAGCAUCAACACCCCUUUACUGCUACAGCAACAAUACAAUGCUUUAACGUAAAAUGCGAAAAAAGAAAAGCAUGCAACGCCGAGUAGUUUAUGUAAACGGACAACCACCGAAUUUAUGACAUAAGUAAAAUGACUAAAAAAUUUUGACUGUCGCCGCGGCAAUCGAACUAAUAAUACACCAACCGGUAGCCACGCACUCAACACAUUUCGCUCUUUGGCCGGCAGCAAGCCGCUAGGCAACGGCAUGUAGUGGUCGCGUUCUACCCGUAAAUAAGUUACAUAACAUUAUUGUGAUAAAGAAUUCACUGCCACGCGUGGCUCUGAGCAAAACAAACACCAAUUAAAAUAGAAAUGAGCAAAUAAUAAAACAAUUAUUGCGAUGACAUUGUUGUUAUCUCAAUAAUGCGGCAUAUUCUUAAUUGCUUGAUUUAUUGUAUGUACAUUCGUUUUAGUCCGAUUAUCAUAAAAACCUCACCUCAGCGCCAAUUAAACGAAUCAAAGACAUCUUCACAGUAAUUAACCACGUCACUGCCGAAAUAUUAAAACAAAUUGUGUUUUGUCCAAGCACUGGCGAAUUGCGACUGAACCAAACAGCCUAAUGGCUCCACUAGAACUGAAAAAUCUUGCGACUAGCCUUCACAUGAACAGCGAUACUUGAUUUCUAGCCAGCCAACAGCGACAGCGCAGUGAGCAGCCGACGACAGGUUAUCUCCCUUCCAAUAAGUGGACAACUCGGCGGUGACGCUCGCUCAGAGAGAGGCUAUUCAAUUAUUUAUUUAUCAACAUAUGCGAAAACCAAUAGAAAAGGCCAGCACGAAAUGUGGCGUUGCUGCUAAAUGCUCCAUCAAAGCAUUCCAUGUGAAAGUAUAUAUAUCUUAAUAUGCAAAUAUGUUAUGAUAAUGUUUUUGUGUGGAGUCACUCUUAGCAACAAUUACCUUUAAAAGUAAAUAAUUCGGCAUCACGCUCCAUUUGACUUCUUUGUUUAUCUGAAAUUAGAAAUUCAUAAAUUAAAUCUAUAAAUAAUUGCACGCGUCUCUGUUAUUUUGCUCAGCGAUUAUAGAUAUAUACAUACAUCCAACAUAUACCUAUGUAUAUGUACACAUCUGUGUAUUGUGCGAUCAGAAGCAGCAAACAUGAGCAAAUAUAAAGAACAAGAGCAGCAGCUCGUGGUCGCGCUGUAAGCGCCUACAUGCCCAUUUGUUAGAGAAAGCGGGCCUGUCAACAACUGGAAAAUUAUCAAUAUAUUUGUGUAGAAUUGCAUAUACUAUGGGUACUUAAUAUUAUAUUGGGAAGUCCGUGUUUGAUGAUAAAUUUUACGCCUUCCUAUUCUUGGUUUGGUUCUGUAUUUUUCUUAUUUUUACCACGUUGAUUACUUUUGCAUAAAUAUGAAUUAUGUGCACAUUGAAAAAAAAUUGUAUUUGCUUUCUUAAUUAGUAAUAAAUGUUAACCAAAACCAGCGCUUUGAAUUAUUUAUUACUGAAAAAGACACCCAGUCGUUUCACAUCAGCUCGUUUCGCACAGCCACCACAUCAAGUAUAUCCUAACUACGCUAAUACCGUUAUAUUAUGACCAAGGAUGUGCCAUAACAAAUGCAGCAUUGCCAGUUGUAUUUGCUAAGUGCGCCAAAAACGGCCGGCCAAAGCACAGAAUGCCUGAUGACAAAUCACCUAACUCAAUUUGGAGUGAAGACAGUCGCACGCUCUUUUGUAAUAAGUUACUCUCACGGCAAUUUAAGUGAGCGCGGAAAGGAACACAAGGAAUACGUCCACAGGUCCUUUUUAUUGAUUUUUCGUUGCCGAGUAGAAAAAGCAAACUCGAAGUAUUUGUCAAAUACUCAACUCAAGUGGCUGACAGUGAACGCUUAUCGACGAGUACACACAAAAUUAGCAUAUUUGACACGAAUUGGCGAUUUGCGAAAAUUGUUGGGAUUGCAGCACAUCGAGAAAUACUGCUUAAGAAAAUUUCCGAAACCAAAUAUACUUCAGUGAGCAGAAGUUAUUGCAAGAAAACUUAAAAACGAAAAUAAUUUCAAAUCAAAUAAAAGCAUUUAACUGUGUUAAGCGAUUGUGACUUCAAGUCAUUGAAGUUAACGUAGUGAAAAAAAUAUUUCAGUGGUAAAAAGGAUAAACAUAAAAAAACGUUCUUCAACAACAUUCCCUCUGCUCAUGAAAUGACUUUUCAACAAAAAGUGUUUUCAGUAUUAUAAACAAGUUUUCAUAAUCUAGCGCAAAAACGCAGAAUCCUGCAAGCUGCUUCAAAACUCUUACAUUUUGUGGAGAACAGCAGAAAGGUGGUAAAAUAAUUGAAUGCCCCAAUCUACCACACACAAUACUGGCGACUAACGAUAAAAAUCUGUAAGAGUUCGGAGGGAACCCAGAAAGCAAUAUCCACUUCUGUAAUAGCAAUUCAUUACAGUUAUCGUGCAAAACAGCCGCUCAUUGUGCCCUCUUCUACUUAAUUUCCUGUCGUGCCACAGAAUAUUGUUUAAUCAAUAACGAAUAGAGCGAUUGGCGAACGUAGUGGUUACUACGUUACAACCACCGACACCCACUUUGUGUGUUGCAUGUGUGUGUAGCGAGUUUAAAGUUAGUAAUCUUUCACCCACCCUCGCAAUGCUAAGGCAUUCUCAAACUACUUAGACCAAACAAGUGUACGUUAGUGAGUCUUUUCACACCAACUCAGCGCCACAAAUUGCAGCGUAAACAUGUACAAGACGGUGCGGCAUGGCGAGAACAGCCUGCAAUAUACAAUACUGCCACAAAAUGAUGAUUUUCGCAUCGAGGGCAAGCUAUCAAGCGCCGGCAGUAACAGCAAUUCCAUUACCGGACGCAAAGGAAAGGCGCGUCGACCAAGACGCCGUUCAUUUUUCGCAUACUUGGGAUUGAUUUUCAUAUGUACCGUUAUUGUAGGCGCAGUAUUGAUACCGUUCCUGGUCUCAGCCGAGUGCCUGCCCAACCCCACGGAAUGGUUCUUGAAGACAAAGGCAGCACUAACACAUGGCGGCAACAUUAAUGGGCUGCAUAGAAGCAGCGGUGGACCGAGGAAGGCCGGUGCAAAUGGCAUUGGCAGCCCACAACAUGCGCCGCUACACAACAGCGCCGCUAACAUUGGUCAAAAAGUGGAAAUUAUCAAUCGCGACGGCGUGGAGAAAAUAAUUUUGCGCGUCAAUAAAACACAGACGCAGCCAAAUAUAAAUGCGACCCAAAUCAGACCGAUUGCAUAUGGUUCAGACAAAGAACAGCAGCCACCUACUGAUGAAAACAAUUCAACGGCAAACGUUGAAUCGCAAACGGCUAUUGAAACCAAGAGUGGAGUACUUACAACCACUAUGCUGGGUUUGAGCAGCGAUGCACUGCAGGAUGUGCAUAUGUCGGCUAAUAAUGCAACAGUCAAGCAGGCGUCGAAUGGAGUAGGUAACUUCGUCACAGAAGUUCGCUUCGAAUCGGACAGUAUUCAGCCCGCCAAGAUUGUAGUAAUCACCACGCAGCGUACACAGCUCCCUCAGAGUGGGAAUGAAAUCAGUGGCAACAGCAAUAAACAGCUGGACUCCAACGCAAAUAAUGUUCAAGUGCCCAGUCGCACAGUGCAAAAUAUACCAGUAGCCGCAAUACGUCCAACAACGUCCUUCUCCACUACAAGCAUAUAUUCGCCACAUGCACCGGCGGCUGCCUCGAUGGCGGUUGCAGCGUCAGCCAAUGCCAAUGCGAUUUCCAAUCAAAACUCCACCCUACCUACCAUUACGACUCGCAUAAUGCAAUUGCCGCUGCUCAAGUCCACAGCAAAGAAACCGAUCAUACCGCCCGUGCUGGUGCGCACCAACUCAGAAAUUAAACCACAAAAUCAAAGCAGCAACAAAGCGGCAACCGUAGACGGUGGCAUCGGGCAAGAUAUUGCUGCUGAUGCGAGUGGAACCGGUGUGUUGGAUCCUAUUAAGAUUAACGCGGAAACAAAGAACGCCGCCUGGAUACAGUCGCAUUGGCCAUAUAUUGAUCCGUCGACAUAUUUCCAAUGGACUGGUUACAAGGAGGAUAGCGUUCUGCUGCCAGCCUUGCUGGGCUUCGCCUUAAUUGGCAUGAUUCUAAUCAUUGCAAUUUGCUUGAUAGCACGCAACAAGCGCGCCAUCGUUUCAUCGGUGCGCAAGCGAAAACGCAAUGAUGUGGAAGAGGCCGGUGGCGACGACAACACAACGCUGCUGACCAAUGCAAAUCUCUCCGAUGAGGAUUAAAUCCGGCAGCAACAACACCACACAUUUUGUUGGCAGUCAAACGCACACAGACACAUGCUCCCAGCCGGAACAAGCUGCACUUGAAGUGGUCACAAAUAAAACGACGAGCGGUCUUAUCCACCAUAGCCGAGCAAGUGGAAACGGGUGUAUUGUGCAGUGUAAACGGCAGCGCGACUAUUUAUUUGUUCUUAGGGUUUAUUUUCUCCCAAGUAAGCAAAGCUCACACUGGACACAAUCAGCAUUAUUAAGUGAAGAUAUUAACUAUAGACGUGUCGACAACACGCAAGCAACCAUUAGUAUUACCUAAUUACAUACACAAGUAUAUGCAUUUGAAAAGUAUGUGAAGCGAAUUUCUGAAUUACAAAUACAGCAACAAAAGUGGAGCGUAUGAUUGCAAAACUACAAAAGCACACUUUGAAACGCCCAACUUACAUGUUCGAAGCAAACAAAAAGCAUAUUAAGACUGUUGUAUUUAAUUAAAAAAAGCUGUGUAUUUAAAGUACUUAAGUUAAUUAUAGUUUCUAAAUUUACAUAUUCAACUUUCAAAGACAAUGUGGAAGUGCACAAAAAGGCUAGAUAUGCAAGAAGAAACAUAUUACAUACAUGCAUACGUGUAUGCAUGCGCACAGCAGAGCUAUAUUUGUAGUUGCCGCUGUAUAAAAUCAGAAACUCGAAAAUAUGCGUAUGCAGUGUAAUUAGAAAAAAUUAUAUAAUUGUGAAUCAAAUUGAAAACUUCUUCAAAUUAUAAGUAGCAUAGACAUACAAAACGUAAGCCUGCAUAUAAAUAUGUAUAGAAGCGAAGCAAAUAUCGCAAACGUCCGCUGUAUUUGACAGGCGUUCGCGCAAGUUGCAGCGCCUAAAAGUAGACUACAUGCAGCGCCACUAUUUAUAAUACACUUAAGCUGCUUGUGCCACCUUGCAACCUUGAAACACACACACAUAAGUAAGUACAUACAUAAGUAAAAACAGGCUUACAACUCUUGUAAAAAAAACUCAAUUUAGAUAUUCAACGCGCGCUGAUCCAAUAGCUUUAUAUGUAUUGAACGCUAAACGAACCUGCACCAUAGCUGGAACAGCCACAUAUAUGUAUAUUCCCAUACAUAUACAGACACACACACACAAAUGUAUUCGCCGCGUAAUUGUAUUGUUGUAACAGUGUUCGACGUAGAAUUCCCGUAAAGCAAAUCAAAGUUGCACAAAAAUGUAGUUAUCGAACAGAAAAAGAGCAGAAAAUUGAAAACUAUUUUUGUAAGACGAUGUGAUAGCAAGUAGACAAGCGUAAUUAGUGUAAACACACAUAUACAAAGCACAUGCAACAACAACAACUCUAAUCUAAAUAUUUAUGUAUUGUUCAUACAUAGAUACCAACACAUGUGCAAACCCAUGCACGCACAAAUGUUCGCAUUGCCAAUAACAACAUCAGUUACCGCGUGCGUUUCGGAUGCACACAGUUCGUGUUUUCGCAACGGUAAUUCUCUUUGAAAAUAUGCGAGUUUCAGCAUUCUGCAAUUGUUGCAAUAAUUGUGGCAGCAGUGAGUGCAAACCUUUGUGCAUGCGCGUAUAUGUGUUCCUUAUGGCAUAUUUAAAGUUAGUGCAGAUGCGUGCGCGCAUAUAAACCGUUAAGUAUGUAAAUGUAAACUAUUUAUGCAAAAAAAGUGUUAAGCCACGUGAGAUAUAUAUUGUAUAUUGUAGUAUGUACAUAUGUAUGUGAUUGAUUCAUUAGUAUUCGUACGCAUACUUGCCACACAUACAUACAUAACUAUAAAUUGCGUAUACAUACAUACACACAAAUAUACAAAUAUUGACACAUAAGUUUGAGUAAAUGUUAAAUUUAAGUGCAACAUUACACGCAACUAUUUAUAACUGAAGUGCAUACACACAUUCUCCUAUAUAAAUGUUACACACACAUAUACAUAUACAUAUACUUAUAUACAUAAAUGCAUAUAUAUUGAAUGUUUCUGCUUGUUAUUCCGGUACUAAUGAUAAUCCACCAAACUAGCAAAGCGAAUACAAGCAACAAAUGAAAUGAAUGGUUACCUAAUUGUUGACAACAACACACAAACACACACUCAUACAUAUAUACAUAUAUACACACAUUUGCAGAUAUAAGCCUAAUACAUGCCUACUGACCACACAAACAAUAUAAUUAGCAAUCAAAUAUAUGUACGACUUUCAUUGGCCGACAUUUUACAAAAACAACAAUAAUAUUGUAUGCACGCAUGUAUUUAUACCAUAUAUAAGUGCAGUACGUAAUUCGCAAGUACCAUAUGUAAUUCUGAAAAUAUUGUAUGAAUGCAAUUUCGCGCUUCAAUGUGGAGGAGGCCUUCACCUCACCGUAGCCCUUACACAUGACAACAAAAGCAAAAUUGUCAUUUAUAAUUACCUAAAAGGGUUUGCAGCGAAUACACGUAAAAAUACUCGUAUAUAAAACCCUUUUCCACAGAAUAUAUAUAAACACACGAAUAUAAUAAAAAUCUGGCUUAAUUUGUUUUAAUUGGCUUAAAAUGUGUUACCAAGCUGGCCCAUGGGUGAUGAGACUACAUGCAAAAUGUUCCUGUAAAAUCUCUAGAAAUGGUAGUUAUUGUACAUUGCAGUUGCUAAUAAAUCAUGCAUUUGAAAGAUUCCGCUCUCCCCUUAUUACGACACACAAACCAAAAAAAAAAACAAUCUUUAAUAUUUAUUGAAAUUUAAAACAAUAUAUAUAUUAUAAUAAUUUUUCGAAAACGGAAGCUAUCAACCGGAAGUUUGUUCAAACAAGCAUUUCCAAUAACAUAAAUUUCCGGUUAAACACUUCCGUUUCCUGAAAAAGUAUAUCCUGUUGAAGUUGGUAUAUGUUGGGUUUCCGGUUCCGGUUAAAGCACAUCCUAUUCGAGCGUUCAAACAAGUUUUUCCAUUAGCAUGCGCCUCCGGUUUAACACUUCCGUUUCCUGAAAAAUUAUAUCCGGCUAAGGUUGGUGUGUGUUGGGUUUCCAGUUCCGGUUAAUACACACACUCUUUGUGUCUCCGUUACCCAGGUCGCAUCCGUUACACAUAUGCCCAUACCAUAUACCUGCCCGCCGGACACACAUGUACGCACAUACACACAUACAUCAUACUUGCAUAAAAUCAAAUGACUUUGAACGGUCAUAACUCCAGUGAAUCCGAACCGAUUUUGAUUAAUUUGGUGUCAAAUGAAAAGAAAUUUAAGCUUUAUAUAUGUAACUGCUGUUUCUAAAAUGAUUACACAGUGCUUUGUUUUUGACUACGCCACCACAAAAUUAGUAACUUACUACUAUAUACCAUAUAUUCUGUAGCGGUUACAUUUUCAUAUAUAAAUUUACAGAUUACUACAAAUUCAUAAGUAAUACUAUACAACCACGUAUAUAAGCAUACAUAUGUAUAUGCGCGCGUACAUUUCAAUUAUCUUCUUAGUCGGUAAACUGUAACGCCUAAUACAACAUAAGUUAGCUUUUGCGCCUAAAAACCUACUCAAUUUAAAUCAUUAAUAAAGUAUAUAUACACAUAA